CGUGUUAUUGAGUGCUGAACCCACAAAAGGAGCCAGGGGACCCUUAGGAGGAGCCGUGAUUAAACACCCAACAGGAAUGAGUGGCUCUCUCCGCUGGAGCGCAGUCUGGAGGGACUCGGCCGGGCGGUUGCCGCUGGAGCUGAGUGGUGGAGCGGAGAGCGGACACUUCAUCUGGAUCCGUCCGGCAAGGCCCGGCAUUCAGAGGGACAUCCUGCUGGAGGUGGAGGGGCUGUGUGUGUCUGGACUACCCCUCUAUGACGUGCUGGAUGUCCUGAAGAACUGUGAAGAUCCUGUCCGAAUCAAAACGGCCAAAGCAGGUCGCAAGCUCAAGAAGGACUUGAGUUAUUACUUGAGUCAGCGCUUUCAGAAGGGCUCAGCAGACCAGUGGCUGCAGGACAGCAUCAGAAACAACCUGCACCGCUACAGCGCUCCCUGUACGACCCGUCCUCCUCGUGACGGGGAGCUUCAUGGUGUGGACUACAACUUCCUGUCCGUGGAGGAUUUCCUGAAGCUGGAGCAGAGCGGAGGACUGCUAGAGAUAGGAACAUAUGACGGUAACUAUUAUGGGACCCCCAAGCCACCCAUCCAGCCUCUCAGAAGGACAGUGAUUUCCCAUGAUGCUUUGCGAGACAAUUGCACUGGUUCCCAGAUGUGCUGCGAUCGUAUGCAGCAUGCAGGAGUAGAGCGUACAGCGCUGCAGGAGGAUGCAGAAAUGAACAACACGUUCACAGGUGACUCCAGCCGGCCGGACGUGCACGGCAUGGUGCGAGACAAUGCCCCCAGCUAUGUGCUGAACAACAUGGCCACGUCUCUGCCGUCCAAACCCCCGGGCCUUCCUCCGGACCAGGACCCUCUCGGACCGCUGCCGGACAACUGGGAGCUGGCCUACACCGAGACCGGAGAGAUGUACUUCAUCGACCACAACACAAAGAGCACUUCAUGGAUGGACCCUCGGUGUCAGGACAAACAGCACAAACCUCCGGAGGACUGUGACGAUGAUGAAGAGGGUGUACAUACAGAAGAGCUGGACAAUGAUCUCGGUACGUCUCUCCUCUCAUCUGUGCCAGAACUGCCUCCCGGCUGGGAGAAGAUCGACGACCCGGUGUAUGGAGUCUAUUAUGUUGAUCAUAUUAACCGUAAGACACAGUAUGAGAACCCGGUUCUGGAGGCCCGGCGGCAGAAGCAGCUGGACGCACAGCAGUCGCCGGAGGACGGACGCUACAUCAGAGAAUGGAUAGAGGAGCACUCGUCCGCCGGUGCUGCGAUCGGCUCUUAUGUGCCCAGUCAUCUGGAGACAUACAGAGACCCUCAGAGCAGUCCGUUGGCCCCUCAGGCCCCGGGCCCCAAGCGAGGAAAGCCGUUCUUUACCCGUAAUCCAGCCGAACUCAAGGGGACCUUCAUAAGCACUAAGCUGCUGAAGAGCAGGCGAGGCUUUGGCUUUACUGUAGUCGGUGGUGAUGAGCCGGAUGAGUUCCUGCAGAUCAAGAGUCUGGUGCUGGAUGGACCGGCCGCUGUGGACGGAAAGAUGGAAACAGGUGAUGUCAUUUUCAGUGUGAAUGACACCAUAGUGCUGGGAUACACUCAUGCUCAGGUGGUGAAGAUAUUCCAGUCCAUCCCCAUCGGCUCCAUUGUCCAGUUGGAGCUGUGCCGUGGCUACCCUCUGCCCUUUGACCCCGAUGACCCUAACACCAGCCUGGUGACCUCAGUGGCCAUUCUGGACAAAGAGCCCAUCAUAGUGAACAGUCAGGAAGGCUUGGAGCCCAUCCCCGGCCUGGCAGUUCAGAUGGCAUCUGGUGGCAGGACCGUUGAGCCUGUUCCGUAUGGCCCCAGUGCAGACAGCACUCUGAUGACCACGGCCAACAGCUGUCUUGCUUACACCAGUGAUGUGGUGACACUGGCAUCCUCCAUAGCCACGCAGCCCGAGCUGAUCACGGUCCACAUCGAGAAGGGCGACAAGGGCUUUGGCUUUACCAUCGCAGACAGUCUGGCUGGUGGAGGGCAGAAGGUGAAGCAAAUUGUGGAUUACCCACGCUGCCGAGGGCUGAAGGAGGGAGACAUCCUGUUAGAAGUCAACAAGAGGAACGUACAGGGCAUGAGCCACAACCAGAUUGUGGAUCUCCUCAGCAAAUGUCCACGAGGGAGUGAAGUUACUCUGUUGGUUCAAAGAGGAGUUUUGCAUCCCAAGAGAAGCCCCAAAGUGCUGAAGUUGGAAAGGAAGGACAGUCAAGGCAGCUCUCAGCACAGCAUAUGCAGUCACCGGAGCACACACACAGACUCGCCCAGCCGCCCGGAGCCCAUAGUGCCCACUGACACUCUGGGGGGCCCUCCACCCCUGCCACCUCCUCCCACCCAGCCGCUGCCCGUCCUUCCCCCCUUUGACAUCUCUGCAGCCAACGGGACAAUCCAGAAGAAACCGGACCCCUUCAAGAUCUGGGCACAGUCAAGGAGCAUGUACGAGAGCCGUGUGGCAGACUCUCAAGAACAAGACAUUUUUCUUUGGAGGAAAGACACAGGCUUUGGUUUUCGGAUCCUGGGGGGAAAUGAGCCCGGAGAACCGAUCUACAUAGGGCACAUAGUGAAGUAUGGCUCAGCGGAUGAGGACGGCCGUCUGCGCUCUGGAGACGAGCUCAUCUGUGUCGAUGGCACGGCGGUGGUGGAAAAGUCUCAUCAGCUGGUGGUGCAGCUCAUGCAGCAGGCAGCUAAACAGGGUCACGUCAACCUCACCAUCCGCCGCAAAACUGCUUAUGGAGUUUACAAGGGGGAGGUGGAAGUGCCACCGUCUCCUGCAUCAUCUCACCACAGCAGUACGCAGGAGAAGCGCACGCCGCAGGGCAGCCAGAACUCACUCAACACCGUCAGCUCGGGCUCCGGCAGCACCAGUGGCAUAGGCAGCGGCGGAGGCGGCGGCAGCGGCAGCACUGUUGUCAACAUGACGCCCGCCACCCUGCAGCCCUACGAUGUGGAGAUCCAGCGCACCGAGAACGAGGGCUUCGGCUUUGUGAUCGUGUCAUCCGUGUCACGGCCUGAUGCAGGCACUACCUUUGCAGGAAACACAUGUGCGGCCAUGCCCCAUAAAAUAGGCAGAAUCAUCGAGUGCAGUCCAGCAGACCGCUGUGGGAAGCUGAAGGUGGGUGAUCGUAUCCUGGCGGUCAACAGCUGCUCCAUCACCAACAAAUCGCACUCGGACAUCGUCAACCUCAUCAAAGAGGCCGGAAACACUGUCACGCUGUGCAUCAUACCCGGAGACGAGACAUCAAAUGCAUCCCUACUGACCAACGCAGAGAAGAUCGCCACCAUAACCACUACACACACACCUCAGAGCAACGCUGAGCCCAGCAGGAAUAACAAACCCAAACAAACCCAACCAGCAACCUACAGUCAGGAGGCAGAGUAUUACUCUGUUGAUCUAGAGAGAGAGAGUAAAGGUUUUGGCUUCAGUCUGAGAGGAGGAAAGGAGUACAACAUGGAUCUGUACGUGCUGCGAUUAGCUGAGGAUGGAGCUGCUGCCAAGAAUGGCAAGAUGAAGGUUGGUGAUGAAAUACUGGAGAUCAAUGGUGAAAGUACGAAAAAUAUGAAGCAUUCUCGUGCCAUCGAGUUGAUCAAGACCGGAGGUAGACGAGCUCAACUGCUGCUGAAGAGAGGAGACGGAUCCGUCCCAGAGUAUGACAGCCCAAAUGACAGCUACCCUCCCUCACCCGGGCCACAAAAUUAUUCGGAAGUGAGGACCUUGCUGGUCAGCGGCCCCUUUCAUCAUCCGUACAAGUCCAGCUAUACAUCAGAGCAUUACACACCAUCCCAGCCCAAGCAGCAGCAACUGAAAGAAAGGCAGCAUGAUCAGGCAAGGGAACAAGAGAGGGACAACAGAACAGGACUGUAUUCCAGCGUUCCACACCAGCCUUCCUGGAACAACCAUCACAGCCCCUCGCCGUCCCCUGACAGAAGCGAAAACAACUCCCACCGCAAGGUCAAGAAGUCUGAGUCAGAGAGCGGCAUUGCCAAGCUCUUCAAAACAUUGAGGAAAGAUGGCGGAUUUGGGAGGAAAACCUCCAACCAGGAUCUACUGAGGCGAGGCCACAAAUCAUCCAUAGAGAAGCAGAGUAGCGCUGGGUCUCGGGAGCAUAGCGGGUCCUUGGAUCGCUCCUCCACCCGGAAGCGCAACACCUCUCCAGACCGCCGUAGGGCCAAGUCUGUGGACCGGCGAACGACACACUCGUAUAAAGAUCAGUCCCCUGAACAGUGCUAUCAAGCUUCUACCCAGGACCUGCUGUGCCAGAUCUCCACUCCAGAAAGGCAUUUCUGGCCCCAAAAAGAGCCCCAAACUCCCCAUCAGAACUACAGCAAAGAGGGCUACUUCCCAUUCACCCCUGAGCGAUCCCACAAACCCACGACCCAUGCUCUUGCUUGCACAUCUGAACGUGGCCUAAAGAACAGGAAUGUUCUGCUCAACAGCUCUCCAUUCAGUCAAGCUGAGAGACAGGAAUACUUCAGAGCCUCAGAAAGACGCUCCCGCAGGACAUCAGACAGCAGCAGUGAUGGAAGUUACUUGGAAGGGAGUGCUGCUCCACAGCUUAGGGAUUAUUACAAUGCACUGAAAGCCAGCAGUGCCAACGGGAGCAAUGUGGACCUUGGCCUUGUCCAGAGCUCUCCGAGCAAGAGACGGCUUUACAAGGAGAACCACGCAGACCUCAGCAUCUGAGCUCCACAGGACUGAGUUUCACCACAGUGGAACAAUGCUUCUUUUUCUAGUUUUCAUCUGUCUGUUUGUUUUUAUAUGUUGCGAUCCAUGUUUUGUUAAAAGACACAGACAUUUUUCCAGAUGUGUCUUUAUUUUGCGUGUCCUCUUUUCUCCAAAUUGAGAUUUACUGAACCAGAGCACAAGCAUUUAACGUUUGUUUGUUUCUUUGUUUGUUCAUUUUAAUAGAUGUGUGGCAAAACCUGAAGUCAGACUAUGAUGCUACUGUUAAAUUGAUUAAUAUAAAUUUAAGCUGUAUAUUUAUUUAAAAAAAAAUUGAAAUGUAACUUGAUGGGAUGUCCAGAUGAAAAAGCAUAAUUCAGUCUUGGUCUGUUGUAUAUAAUAUCUGACUUUUUUCUUGUUCCAACGCUGCACUGGA